UUUUGGGUUUCUAAUUAAAAAGAUAAAUAAAUAAAAUAAAAAAAGACGCUGCAUCCGGCACGGGAUGAUGACGUCGUGCCCUGCGCACACGCAGGCUUGGGAAUAGCGCGCGCGGACUGCGAAGCGUGAUCAGACCGUGUUGACAUGGCUCGUGAUUUCAAACCUGGAGAUCUUAUAUUCGCAAAGAUGAAGGGUUAUCCACACUGGCCCGCGAGGAUCGACGAGCUUCCGGAUGGAGCUGUCAAGCCAGCAAACGCCAAGUUUCCCAUCUUCUUCUUCGGCACUCACGAAACAGCAUUUCUGGGCCCUAAAGACAUCUACCCGUAUUUACCCAACAAAGACAAAUACGGCAAGCCCAACAAAAGAAAAGGCUUCAAUGAAGGAUUGUGGGAGAUUGAGAACAACCCGAAAGUGGAACUGGACGGAAAUAAGGUGAUGAACCCUGACGCGGGAUCAGAGAAAGACCAGAGCAGCUGCGAUGUGAAGAAGAGAAAGUCCACCAAAGACCCUUCAGAGGAAGACCGCGUGGAUGACACGAGACCGAAAAAGAAGGGUACAGAUGAUCAAGACUCGGAUACUGAAAACACGAGCCCUGUCUCGAGCCCUUCGGCUGGACCGGUCCCCACACAGAAGCGCAGAGGAAGAAAACCAAAGAAUCUCCUUCUGCUGCUGCAACAACAACAAACUUCGAAAGAGCCACAAGGGGGCGUGGUCUUAGAGGACGCUGAGACCAAGAAGACAGACAAGAGAAAGAAGAGGGAUGACAGUAAAGACGACAAAAAAGAACAAGAAGGAAAGAAAAAGAGGAGAGAAGACGGCUCAUCAGAACCUGAUGACGAACGCAAACAAAAUCCACAGGAGCAUCCGGAAGACGCGGACAGAGAUGAACAGAAAGAUUUAAGCAAAGACGUAAGGAAAGGGGACAAGAAAAAAGACGUUUCUGCAGAAUCCAGACUUCUGAGGUUACACGGAGAGAUCAAGACGUCUCUGAAACUGAACAACCCGGAUGUGAAGAGAUGUCUGGCGGUGCUGGACGAGUUGAGCUCGCUGCAGGUCACCACUCAACAUCUUCAGAGACACUGUGAGCUCAUAGCCACGCUGAAGAAGAUCCGGAGGUUCAAAGCCAGCCAGGACGUGAUGGAUAAAGCCGGCAUGCUGUAUAAUAAGUUCAAGAGCAUGUUUCUGAUGGGAGAGGGCGAGACGGCCAUCAGUCACGUGCUGAAUAAAAGUCUGGCUGAACAGAGACAAUACGAGGACGCCAAGAGAGGAGCACAGAAAAAGACAGAGGAGACUAAAGAGCAGACGGACAGCAAGGGUUCCAGUGCAGACUCCGGCCCUGAGGAGCAGGAUGCUGUGACGGAGAGAGAGACGUCGGGAGAUGAUGACCCGUCUGUGGAGAAAAACAGGGAUGAGGGCAAAGAGAACAAUUUCUCAUCAUGAGCGUUUUGUUUUUCUAGCGGUCUAACGUUUUAUGUUUGAGGUUCAAACAUUAUUUGUCCACAGAAAAGUCAACAGUGGGAGAUCAUGUCCACAUUUAAAAGACCACUGAGAAGAUCAUGCGUGACUUUUAGAUUUUUUUUUUUUUUUAGAUUUAGAUUCAAUUUAUUGUCAUUGUACAUUGCACAUGUACAAGGCAACGAAAUGUGACCUCUGCAUUUAACCCAUCCAGAGAGUAGUGAACACACGUACCCCCGGAGCAGUGGGCAGCUAUCACUACAGCGCCCGGGGAGCAAGUAGGGGUGAGGUGCCUUGCUCAAGGGCACCUCAGUUGUUACCCGCCGGCCCUGGGAAUCGAACCGGCAACCUUCUGGUCAUGAGUCCGACUCUCUAACCAUUAGGCCACAACUGCCCCUAUUUAUUAUUUGCACAUCACCCGACAAAAGUGUAAUGUUUUCUUUUACGAAGACCGAGUGUUUUAAACUGAAGUCAUUUUAUUUUUGUGCAUUUGCAAUCAAGUCAGUUUUAUACAGAGACUUCACUAUCACGAGUUUUAUUUUAGAACGUCUUUAAUGUUUAAAUACUUUUAGAUCCAGUUGGCAAGUAACUUCAUUGUGCUUCACAUCAGCGAUUUAGUUUCAAAAUGUUCUCGAGUCCUUUAUUAGUCACGUUAGAUGUAAAUGUUUUAGAUGUUUUAGCUUCGUUCUGCUGCUACUUUCAUAGUUAUGUGUCCAUUUUAUUUUCAUUUAAUGUUGAGAUCCUUACGUCUGCAUCAUUUAUGCCAAUACCACUGCUGUCAUGAAACUUGAUCAUUAAUAAAAGAAAAAAU